AUGUCUCCUGCUUACCUGUAUCCACUCGAAACGACACUGAGCCAGUCCGGGUAUGACCCGGACACGUUAAACACCGGUCUGCCGCCACGGGAGUCGUCUUCAGCAGUCUCGUCAGGUCAAACAGCCGUCAACGCCGAUGAUACCUUCGACUUCUCAUUGUAUGAGCCCUAUGGACCUACUGUCGACAUAUCUGGAGAGGAGAUCCUCGACGUCAAUGAUACCCUCGACUUCUUAUCGUAUGAGCCCUACGGACCCACCUUCGGCAUGUUUCGAGAGCACACCAGUGUCAGUACUGACCCAUCAUUCAUACUCCCCGACCAUCCUGUAAUGCACUUCGACAACGGACUACUCGAAGCCAUAACUGCGACCUCAUACUUCUCCGAACGCCACGCAGAAGCGACAUCGCCACCAAUGGCCCCUCCUGCCAUAACAUUCUCCACCUGGUCUCCCUCGUCAUCAUCAGCAGCGCGCACACCAGGAGACGACUUCGACGACAAUGCCAGCGCAGCAUGGUCGCCGCCCUACCAGGACAGCACAUUCGGCACGCAUGUAUGGCAUCAAGAGACCCCAUUCCUGCCAUUCACAGAGACCGCUCGGUACGUCUCUGAGCUGGAUAUAGGCUACGGCAACGGCAUAUACCUCGCCAGCACACCGGUAUUAUACCCGCCCUUGCAUUCAUCGCCCUUUGCCAGCACCUCCGCACUAUCGACAUCGUUCUUGGUACCAGUCAUGGCACCCCCUGCUGCAACUGCCAAUCGCGACGUCGGAUUCAUGCCACCCAAUCACGGCACAGCUACAGGUUUGGCAUCAGCACCAUGCGCGAGUAUGCAACGCGUACCCCGCAUAAGCGAAUCCGGUCCACCUAUGGUGGAGCGGACAAACGUUUACACAGAAUAUGGACAUUGCAACUCGGACAACAGCACUAUGCUUGUUCCCGACAUGUCCAACAACAAUAUUGGAUUCUUCCCCGACCAGGACGCCACCACACCAUCUGAGACUUCUGCAGGUCCUUCGCACAUGAGCUCUCGUGUGAGGACAGAGGCCCGAUGCGGCGGCAAGCAGUCUAUGCAUCCUCAAGCCUUGGUCGAGCUCCCGAAGACUCCUGGGUUGCCCCGCACGGCCGGAAAGCGCAAGCAGCGCGACGACGACCUCACGGACGACCCCACGGACGAUACAUCCUCCCGCCAUCCUUCAAAGAAGGCGAAAAAGGCCACCAGCCACGCUGAAUCUGCACAUACCAGCUACGAGGACGUGCCACAACCGGCGUGGUAUGGCGGAUGUAUCCCGCCCGAUCCCAAAAAGCCACAUCCGUGCCCAUACUGCACAGAUAAGUGGUUCAGCUGCUCAUACGAUGUCACACGCCAUCGCGAGAGCGUGAAGAGCUGUCUCGGAUACUUAGAAAAGGGGGAGAUCCCCUGCGAUCUCUGUCCUUCCAUCUACACACGUCGAGACGCAUUGCGACGUCAUCAGAAGGAGAUACACCGAAAUGGCUACAAGACGAUGGCAGCAACCCGACAGUCAUGA